CCUGCCUUCUUCACCAGAUGCAUCCGCCAUUGAAGCUCCGUUCAUCUCUCUUGAUUCCCUAAAAAUUCUGCACUCUUCCCUUCCUUUACAAUUCCAAAUCAAAAUCUCCCUUCUGAUUCCAACUAGGGAAUCGUGUUUCCUUGUUCUAUGGCGGUUUGGCGUAUAAUCACUCAGUCGUACAUCAAGUACGCAUCAACACAACUAAGCAGGAACUACAGUCAAGUCUGUCUUGCUACCUCGCUCACUCAUGCCGUGAAGCAGACAAAAUUGUCUUCUUUCGACAUCCCACAUUCAGACAUCUCUAUAAAGCCUUCUAGAAUCUUCGACAAUGUCAGGUUGUUUGCCACUUCAACUCAGACAAGGAAAAAGGAAGAGGAAGUUGAGUCUGAUGGUCCACGUCUCAAUGACAAGAUUACUGCCGAGAUUGUUAGAUUGGUUUCAGAGGAAGGACACUGCAUUGUGUCACUGAAGGAAGCACUCAGACGGGCCAAGGAGCUGAAGCAAGACUUAGUUGAGGUCCAGAGAGAUGCUAACCCACCAGUGUGUAAAAUUGUAGACUACGCACAUGAGAAGUACAAAAAGUCUCAAGUAGGAAAGGAGCGUGCUAAGGCCAAGCGAGCUGAAGUAACCAUUCGACCUGAGGUCAAGGAAAUUCGAUUUACUCCAAAGAUCGAUGCAAAGGACUUACAGUUCAAGGCAAAGCAAGCAACGAAGCUGAUGGAAAGUGGAUAUCGUGUGAAGUGCCAUGCAGUUCCUGACAAAGACAAGAAGAAGGAGCUUGAACCAGAGAAGCUGCUUGAGUUAUUAUCUCGCUUCACUUGUUAUAUUGAAGAUGCACUUGUGGAGUUUGGGCCAGAGGCGGAUAAAGGUAACGCUGUUGUGGUAGUCAGACACGCCAAGUUUGGACCGCCCAAGAAAGGAAAGGCGAUAAAACUGAAGGAAAUGAACAUAAAAACUGCAGCAAGAAUAAAAGAUGAUUCACCAAAGCUUGAGAGCUCAGAAGCUGAUGAUGAUGAGAGAGGAGUUAUAGAGACACCCGAACCAGUUAAUAUCCAGAACAGGUAUGCAAAAAGUGAACCUGACAAUGACUUCUCAGGAGGUAGGGAUGCAAACCGGUUUGAACCUCAGGCUCCAGAACGUCUUCGGUUCCAAAACCAAGCUCCAAACCAACAACCCAAUGGGCGGCUCGAUCCUCAGUCUCCAAACCAUUCUCCAGGUCCACAACGUCCUUGGUUCCCAAACCAUCAACCUACUGGGAGGUUUGAUCCUCAGUCUCCUAAUCAGCCUCCAGGUCCAACACAGCCUCGGUUCCCAAACCAACAACAUGCUGGGCGGUUUGAUCCUCAGUCUCCAAGUCCACCGCCUCGGUUGCCAGACCAAACUCCAAAUCAGCAACCCUCUGGGCCUCCAAAUAGCCACCUGGACCGGCAAGGUCCUCCACCUCGAUUCCACAAGCAGUAUCCAAAUCAACAAGCUACAGGUCGGUUUGGAGUCCAGCCACCAAAGCCGCCACCCCGAGCUCCACCACCACCGCGUCCACCAACCCGGUUACCAAAUGAAACUUCGUACCAACAACCUACAGCCCCUGGAAGAGCUACGGGUGAGGCUCCUAGUUAUGGGAUUUUUAGCACCCCAAAUACAAAGUAG